CGGCGACCGCGAUGGCUCUGACGGCGACCGCGGCUGGUCGCACGACGCCCAACGGCUGGUCGCACGACGCCCAACGACGACGAUCCCUCUCCUUCUUCCACUGACGACGUCCGAGAGCAUUUAUCCGACGCCGCGCCUUCUCUCAGAGAUACGCUUCGGAAAUCUCUUCUGGCCGCUUUCGACUGUGAAUCCGACUCAAGCGACUCAGACAGCCUGCCAGAGGUCUCCCAGAUCCUCAGCCAGUCCACAUCAAAAGCGCGCUCCAAGGCGGACCCACUGCCAUUACGGACAUCCGAGCCUCUCGAAUCCGACAAGACUGAACCGCCUGAGUGCAUCUCAGUUAUUCCCUCCGAGCCCCCGAUGCCCAAGCAGGAGUUCGUCGACGCGUCUGUCCCUGACAGUCCCGCGUCGGCCUCGAGCCAGCGACAAACACGCACAUCUGCCAGAAAAUCCGUCCAGACUCCAUCCACCCCGUCCUCACGUACCUCCCCGCGAGUCGCGUCCACGGCCAGUAAUGGCACACUCGCAAGCACGCCCAGGUCCCUGCGCCGUAAGGGAAACCUCCCCAACAAGCCUCCUCCUACGAGGAAACGGCCCUUGGGGAUGGACAUAGAGGAGAUGCAACAAGAUACCUCGGUCUCGGUCUCGCGACCUGCCGCUUCGCAGCCGGCAAAGCGCACACGUCGAACGCAGGACGCCGGUCCACCGCCUCCUGCUACUCAACCUCUUCCCCGCCCCGUUUCUCCGUCCAAGCCAACGUCUGUGUCGCUCUCGGUGCCUGUGCCUACCGCGGCGCCUGCCCCCUCGUCUCCUGAAGCGCCGGAGAGGACCAUGCCGAAAGAUAAGGGCAAACACAGACUUGCAUCGCGAAGGCGCAGUGCAAACUUCUGGCAUCUCGACGGGUCUGUCGUCGUGCAGGUCCACAACACGCUCUUCCGACUGCAUCGGUCCCGUCUCACGCAGCAGUCAGCAUUCUUCGCGGAUCUGUUUGCUGGCGAUGACAGGUGCGUGUCCUUCCUUUGUCGUUGACGGUAGUCAAGUGACUAGCAGCGAACUCAAUCAUUACAGCUCGAAGGAGAUGUUCGAUCCAGACAGUCAUCGAGCAAAAGGACAUCGUGGACUCCUGUCUCGUCUACAACGUCAAGGGAGUGAGUGUCCUUGAUUUCGAGAGACUGCUAGACGCGCUCGACGCAGGAAUAUGAGUGAGUGAUGGCCUUACGCUCAUACAGGAUACUGACUCAUCUAUACGAUCGUGUAGCGCAUACGCGAUCAACCCUCCCCCCUUCCGCGUCCUUGCGUCCCUCCUUCGUGCUGCGCACGCCCUC